GAGUUUUAUAACUGGAUGUGUGCAAACAUCAUCGACGAGGUUUGCGAACAACUUGGUAUAUCGAAGGAGUCCGACUACUUCGGCCUGAAGUACGUGAGCAAGGGCGAAGAGCUUUGGCUUAACCUGAGGAAUUCCAUCGAUAAGCAGGUGCCCAUCCACAAUUCGCUGCGUUUUGCGUUGCGCGUCAAAUUCUGGGUUCCCCCGCACCUGCUCCUCCAGGAGACGACGAGGCAUCAUUUCUAUCUGCAUGCCAGAUUGGAUCUGAUCGAGAAACGCUUAAUAGCGUCUGACUGGGAUACGGUAGCGAAGCUGAGAGCGUUGAUAGCUCAAGUGGAGACCGGCGAUUACGAUCCCUUGCAUGUGGCCAACUACAACCAGACCUCGACGAUAACAAAGCUGGAGCCGGACGAUAAGCCGCAGGAUUUGGUGCAACGCGUCAUCGCGCAUCACAAGAACUGCAAGGACAUGAAGGCGUCGACGGCUGAGUACUGGCUGCUGAAGGAAGUCGAGACUCUCGAGGGCUUCGGCCAGGAGAUCUUCCAGAGCAAACCGACUGGUAGCGUCUUGGGCGUGGGGCCGCACGGCAUCACCGUCUACGAGAACGACAAGAACAACCAGGUCAUCCCGUUCACGGCCAUCCAGAGCGCCUCCUCGCACAAGCGGAUGUUCCGGCUGGAGUACACGGGCCAAGAGGGCGAAGUCACCAUCCUCGAGACUAAAUUCGAUACGAACCACGUUGCGAGCAGCCUCUACCGGUCCAUCACCGAGAAGCACGCCUUCUACAGCUGCGAGACAGUACGCAGCGCCGUCACCGACCAAUUCAUCAGAGAUCUGAAGGGCACCAUCGUGUCCAUCUUCAAUGAGGACUCUUCUUUAGGCAAGAAGUACGUGUUUGACAUUAGGAGGACCUGCAGGGAGGUGUACGACAAUGCUCGCAGGGCGCUCUACCAGGAAGACCAAUUGCUCUCGCAGAAUAUCCACGACUUGGCCAACAGAUGCGACGGAGAAAAUUGCGAAGACUCCCAAAAAUUGGCGCGUCUCUUGGACGCUCUGACCUGUAACAUCUGUAUGGACUGUCAAAUUGACACCGCCUUCCUGCCGUGUUUCCACAUGCUGGCCUGUUCCACGUGCGCCUCGAAAUGCGAAAGAUGUCCUUUGUGCAGAGCGGACAUCACGCAGGCUCAAAAGAUCUACUUUCCAGGAGAAUUCAAACAAGUCUGUUAAUUAAGAGCAAAAGAUUAUAGAGAGAGCAGGACGAGGAUAGGAAGAAGAAGAAAUAGUGUUUCUGUGCAACCUUUAAAAGGCAAAAAGCUUGAUGAUAUGAAAAAAAAACUAAAACCAAAAACUUGAAUUGGAUAUAUACGCAAAAAUUGUUCUUUUCGUAACGGCGUUUUCAUCGAAGUGUGCAUCAUUAUUAUCAAAAAAACAAAAUCUUUCUUUAAACAUUAUUAUCUAAACAGACGCUACAACUUUAUUAUUUUUU